AUGUUGUCCAAAUCGUUGAGAGUUUCCAAAAGACUCUUGAGCUCAUCUGCUCAAAGACUCGCCGAGGUGCUGGUCACGGUCGAUGGUAAAACCGUCAUGAUCGAGGCCGGCUCCUCCAUUAUCCAAGCCGCCGAUAAGGCUGGCGUGGUCAUUCCUAGAUACUGUUACCAUGAGAAAUUGGCCAUUGCCGGUAACUGCCGUAUGUGUCUUGUUGACGUUGAGAGAAUGCCAAAGUUGAUUGCCUCAUGUGCCAUGCCAGUUCAGAACGGAAUGGUCGUCCACACCGACAGCGAGAGAAUCACCAGAGCCCGUGAGGGUGUCACGGAGAUGUUGUUGGAGAACCAUCCAUUGGAUUGUCCUGUUUGUGACCAGGGUGGAGAGUGUGACUUGCAAGAGCAGUCGCAGAGAUAUGGGUCUGACAGAGGUAGAUUUCUGGAGGUGAUGGGUAAGAGAGCUGUAGAAAACAAGGCCAUUGGUCCAUUGGUCAAGACCUCCAUGAACAGAUGUAUCCACUGUACGAGAUGUGUGCGUUUCAUGAACGAUGUGGCUGGUGCCCCAGAGUUGGGUACUGCUGGUAGAGGUAACGACAUGCAGAUUGGUACUUACAUCGAGCGUAACAUCAAUUCCGAAAUGUCCGGUAACAUCAUCGACUUGUGUCCUGUGGGAGCAUUGACGUCCAAGCCUUAUGCUUUCAGAGCCAGACCUUGGGAGUUGAAGAGAACCGAGACCAUCGACGUAAUGGACGCCAUUGGUUCCAAUGUUAGAGUGGACGCAAGAGGAAUUGAGGUGAUGCGUGUGAUGCCUAGAUUGAACGAUGAGGUUAACGAAGAGUGGAUCUCUGAUAAGUCCAGAUUUGCCUGUGACGGUUUGAAGACCCAGAGAUUGACCACACCAUUGAUUAAGAACGGCGACCACUUCGAAACUGCCUCUUGGGAUGAGGCUUUGUCCACCAUUGCCUCUGCAUACAACUCUAUCAAGCCUUCUGGUAACGAGUUGAAGGCCAUUUCCGGUGCAUUGGUGGAUGCCGAGUCCAUGGUCGCCUUGAAGGACUUGGUCAACAGAUUGGGUUCCGAAAACACCGUCACAGACGUUGAACAGGCCACCUCUGCCCAUGGUGUGGACAUCAGAUCCAACUAUAUCUUCAACUCCAGCAUCGAGGGUGUGGAAGACGCCGACCAGAUCUUGCUUGUUGGUACUAACCCAAGACACGAGGCUGCUGUUUUGAACUCUAGAAUCAGAAAGGUUUGGUUGAGACUGGCCUUGGAAAUCGCCCAUGUUGGACAGGAAUUCGAUUCUACCUUCAACGUGGAGAAGUUGGGUACCACCGCAGCCGACUUGAAGACCGCCUUGAAGGGUGAGUACGGUAAGAAGUUGGCUAACGCUAAGAACCCAUUGAUCAUUGUUGGAUCUGGUGUAGCACACUCCGAGGAUGCCGAGGCUAUCUUCAGCACUGUGGCUGAGUUUGCUUCUAAGAACAAGAACUUCAACACUGAGGGCUGGAAUGGUGUCAACUUGUUGCACCGCGAGGCUGCCCGUGUGGCUGCCUUGGACCUCGGUUUCCAGAACUUAUCUGGUGAAUCUCCAAAGGCCAAGUUUGUCUACUUGCUUGGUGCCGAUGAGAUCUCUGGUGCAGACGUUCCUAAGGACGCCUUCGUAGUCUACCAGGGUCACCACGGUGACGUGGGUGCAUCUUUUGCCGACGUCAUCUUGCCAGGUGCCGCAUACACUGAGAAGUCUGCCACUUACGUCAACACUGAGGGUAGAUCCCAAACCACUAGAGCUGCUACCAACGCUCCAGGUGCCGCCCGUGAAGACUGGAAGAUUAUUAGAGCAUUGUCUGAAUACUUGGGCGCAACUUUGCCUUACGACGACUUGUAUGCUGUCAGAGAGAGAUUGGGGGAGAUUGCUCCACACUUUGUCAGACACGACGUGAUCGAGCCAGUUUCCGAGGAGAUUGUCACUGUUGGUCUUAAGGACAUUUUGAACAGACACCAGAGCACCAAGAUCAGCGGCAUUCCAUUGAAGAACCCAAUCGACAACUUCUACUUCACCGACGUGAUUUCGAGAUCUUCGCCCACUAUGGCUAAGUGUGUGUCGUCAUUUGGUGCCAAGGUGGACAAGAUCACCGAUCCAAAGCCAGACGUGAACUUUUAA